AUGGGUUAUAUCAAGCCACAUAAAACACCAGCCACAUGUAAACAACCAAAGUACCCAAAAGUGCAGGGCUGUGCAAAAGAAAGAAAUGUCGUCAAGUUCGCCCCAUUGUCAAAUCCCCGAGUAGAUCCAGUUAAGAACCAUACAAGUAAGAUGGUUCAAGUCGGUGUCAGAGGGAAAAGAUCUGAUCUCGCCGAUGACCGUGGUAAGAAGACCAGGUCCAAGAGCGAGUGGAUGGACAGAUAUAUUAUACAAACAUGGGUAGAUCGAUUGGUAAAUAGGAGACAGCAAAAACCAACAGAAACAUGGAAAGGUUGCAUUCCAUACAAGGGCGAUAAAGCUGGUCAUCUGCAACAAGCCUUGCAAGCGGAUGACCCUUCGCCUAAUAGUGUGGUGGUGGAGAGAGGCAAGGAUUGGGAAGACCUCGCAGCAAUGGUUCAAUCGCAAAAUGUCGAGAUUGGUGGAGAAGAACAAUAG